CUCUCCUUCAUUUUUUAUUUUCCCAUUUUGUCGGUGAGAUGUUCGUUAAGGCUGAAUUUUGUUGAAGUGACACUUGAAGUGCCAGCUCCCUGUGCCUGAAUGGGGGUUCAACUCGCAUCUGAUUUGGUUGUCGUGACAUAAGAGGGUGGUCGGGCUCCGGGCUGGACAUCACCUCCAAGGCCUUAAUCUGACACCAAACAAAACUUUUGACAAAAAUGAAGAAGUUUCUUCAAAACCGGAAGGGCAGAUCCUCUCUGCGCCAGAGCAAGUCUGGUUCUCGCUAUGCUUCCAAAGAUUUCUUCCUGACAAUGCCAGCCUCCAACCAAGGCUGGCCAGAGGACUUUGGGUUUCAACUAGGAGGAAAUGGGCCCACCUACAUCCUGUCAGUGGAGGAGGGCAGCAGUGCCCAUCUCGCCGGACUGCAGCCUGGGGACCAGGUGCUGGAGAUUGAAGGGCAGAAUGUCUCCACACUCGGCACACAAGCUGUCAUUGCCCUGGCCAAGACGCAGAAAAACAUCCCACCGAGCAUUGGAGUAGUGUCACGCAUACAGCAGAUGGACAUCACUCCAGGCCCCGAUGGUCGUUUUGGUUUCACCAUUGUGGGAGACUGCCCUCUGCUGGUGGAUGACUGCUCGCCCAACUCUCCAGCUGGGCGUGGUGGGCUGCGGGCAGGAGAUUAUGUCAUGGAGGUGAACGGGAUCCCUGUGAAGCAUCAUGAAAUGGCAGCGGCUAUGAUAAAGGCGUCUCAGGGCCGCACGCUGCGUCUGGGCGUGCUCUGCUUGGGCUAUCGGCAGAAGGGUGGGAGUGGCAGUAUCAAAGAGUCCCUGCAGGGCGGCGAUGUUGUACGACAAGACCGUAAACACAAGGCCCUGGAGUUCAACAAGAAGAUUGAGGAGGUGCUGGGGGAUGAUCCUGAUGUGAAGGAGAGGCUGUUUGCGGCGCUGAAGCAGUACGCUGCUGAGAGGAAGGUGGAGCACCUGGCAGCUAUCCUCCCUGAGAUCCUGACUGAGGAGGACCAUCACCAGCUCAUCCCUAGCAUCAGGAUCUUCAUUCCCAAGAAGCACCGGCAGCGCUUCGACGAGGUGGUCUCGCAGAGUCUGAUCACCCGGGUCUGCCGGGGGAAGGGCCUCAGCGACUCGGGUCAGAACCGUCUGCGUCGUAGCCGCAGUGAAGACCACCCGGAGCGACUGCUGGUGUCCACGCGGGCCAGCUCCGUGCCCCGGGCCGGCGGGGAGGACGGCGAGGCCCCGACCCGAAGCCUGAGGAAGACCACCUCAGUGUCCGCUGGGCAAUCUGCCGCUGGAGCCAACCGCAGGACACUUCGUGUGUACAGAGGGAACAAGAGUUUUGGAUUUACUCUGCGUGGCCAUGCUCCUGUCUGGAUUGACUCAGUCAUUGCAGGUAGCCCAGCUGAGAAGUCUGGCCUUAAACCAGGGGACCGCAUUCUAUUUCUCAAUGGGCUGGACAUGAGGAGCUGCUCCCAUGAAAAGGUGGUGUCCAUGCUGCAGGGCAGUGGUGCCAUGCCCACCCUAGUGGUGGAGGAGGGACCUGUCACCUUCUCUUUGACUGAGCCUGAGCUGAGGGACACGCCCCCACGCUCACGCUCCCCGGUGCUCAGCUCGCUGCAGUGGGUGGCCGAGAUCCUGCCCGCUAGCAUCCGGGUCCACGGCCGCACCUUCAGCCAGCAGCUGGAGCACCUCCUCACCAUCCAGGAGCGCUACACCAUCUGCAAGGCCCUCGAGACCUUCUUCCAGCACAGGAACGUGGACACCCUGAUUGUAGACGUGUUCCCCGUGCUGGACACUCCAGCCAAGCAGGUGAUCUGGCAGUUCAUCUACCAGCUGCUGACCUACGAGGAGCAAGAGCACUGCCAGCAGAAACUCUCUCGCUUCCUUGGGUACAAGACCGCAGCAGGGGCGGAGCCUGAGCCUGGCCCGGAGACCCACCGGCGCAGCAGCUCUAUGCGAGUGACAGGGACUACCUACAGGGGCAGCAUGCGUGAGAGGAGCUCUGAUGACUGCAUCAUAGGCACUCACCUGGGCAUGGGGUCUCAUGUUGACUCUGUGGAGUUGGGGGUGAUGCUGACUCCAGGAGAGAGGCAAUCCGGAGAUGGGACGUCCCUCCCAGAGACCCCAAACGUAAAAAAUCUGUCAGCGGUGUAUGGAGAGCUGGAGGGUGUGUACACAGGAAAGAGUGUGAAGUCCCUGCAGAGUUGCUCCUCGCCUGCUCCAGACAGCCUGGCUGAUUCAGAGGCCCAUGCUCACUCCCCCUCUCCCUCCAUGCACACCAAUGCAGGUAACUUCGGCCUCUCUCUGUCUUGGAAAGAUCCCUUGCCCAGCCCCCAAAUUCCAUACUACCCUCAGGCUAUUCCCUCCCCAGGAAGUGCUGAGUCUAACCCUUACGUCAGCCUGGACAGCCCCCCACCGUCCCCCCAACUUUUGGAGUACCCGCCAAGCCCCCUGUCCCGCCGCAAGAAGCUCUUCACCUUCUCGCGGCCCCCUCGUAGCCGAGACACUGACAAGUUCCUGGAUGCUCUGAGUGAGCAGCUGGGCCACCGUGUCACCAUCGUCGAUGACUUCCUGUCCCAAGAAAAUGAUUAUGAAGAGAUGAGCUUCCAGGAUGAGCAGGAGACAGCCUUCCUGCCCCAUGAGCUGAGCAGUGCCAGCAGCGAGUACCACAGCAGCAGUGAAGAUGCCAGCUCCAUGUCCUACUCCUCCAGUUCAGACCACAUCCCCCCACCCCCACAGAGUCCCCCGCCGCCCCCACCCAUCCAAUUCAAUGACCCGCCUCUGCCCCUCAGCCUCACCCCUGAGCAGUCCCCUAGAAUGCACCUUCCCUACCAGAGGCACCCCCUGGCCCCGCCACCACCUCCCCCCCGCGCCACCCUACCACUCCGCCACUCCUCACACAAGGUGCUGCCCACCAGAGAGGAGCUCCAGAGCCACCAGUCCCUCCCGACUCACCCGUCUCCCCAGGCUACUCGCCCAGAAUAUGCUCUCCACCAAAUGAGCCCCAUCCAGCCUCACCCCUCUCCUCAGGCCACACACCCCAACCAGCACUUCCGCCAGCUCCAACAAGCUCAUCAGGUAUACCAAAUCCAGACAGCGCCACCCACUCACGGAUCACAGAAACACUCCUCUCACCACUCUCUGAAGGCCCACCCAUCCCACCCAUCCCACGAGGGGCCCCACUUGCCGGCUGCCCCGUCACACCUUCCUAGCGUGGUCCACCAAGUACCCCCACCGCCCCCUCCUCCUCCACCCCCGCCCCCCUGCAUCCCGCCUCCCUUACCGCGCCCCUCCCACCACUCUGACUCCAACCACAUGAGCGUGAAACGUCUGCGCUGGGAGCAGGUGGAGAACUCGGAGGGUACUAUUUGGGGGCAGCUGGGAGAGGAUUCUGAUUAUGACAAGCUGAGCGACAUGGUGAAGUACUUGGACUUAGAGCUGCAUUUUGGGACACAGAGGAGUACCAUCUCUUUUCCAGAGCCCACCUUUCUGCCCGAGAAUUUUAAAAAGAAAGAUGUGAUCGAGAUUCUCUCACACAAGAAGGCCUACAAUGCCUCCAUCCUCAUUGCGCACCUGAAGCUGUCCCCUGUAGAGCUGAGGGAGGUGCUGAUGACAAUGACCACUGAACGGCUGGAGCCCUCCCACAUCAAGCAGCUGCUGCUGUAUGCUCCCGACGACGAGGAGGUCAAGCAGUUCGAGCGGUACAGCCAGCAUCCUUCCAAGCUCAGUGAGCCAGACCAGUUCGCCCUCCAGAUGCUGUCAGUGCCUGAGUAUAAGACACGUCUCCGGAGCCUAUACUUCAAGAUUACACUGCAGGAGAAGACGGAGGAAAUGAGAGUCGGCUAUGAGUGCAUCUACAAGGCUUCCCUAGAGCUAAAGAACAGUAAAAAAUUGGCAAAGAUCCUAGAGUUUGUGUUGGCGAUGGGGAAUUACCUGAACAAUGGUCAGCCCAAGACCAGUAAACCCAUGGGAUUUAAAAUUAACUUUCUCACAGAGCUUAGCACUACAAAAACAGUGGACGGGAAGUCAACAUUCCUACACAUUCUUGCCAAAUCAUUAGGCCAACAUUUUCCGGACCUUCUGGAUUUUGCCAGGGACCUUAAAACCGUACUGCUUGCUGCCAAAGUGAAUCAAAGAACCAUCACAUCUGACCUUAAUGACCUUCACUCAACCAUUCAGGAUAUCAGAACUGCCUGCCAGAACAUGCCUGCCAUUGCUGAAGAUCGCUUUGCAGUUGUAAUGAGUAGCUUCCUAGAGAACACUCACCCUGCAGUGCAGUCGCUGGAGUCCCUACAGCAGCGGGCCAUGGAUGAGUUCACCAAGGUCGCGUCCUUCUUCGGAGAAGACAGCAAGGCCACCACCACAGAAGCCUUCUUUGGCAUCUUUGCUGAAUUCAUCUCCAAGUUUGAGAGGGCGUUGAAUGAGACCCAGGCAAUAGAGAACUCCCGGAGCCCAAGAAUGGCCUCUCCUCUCGCCUGGUGAGGACAGGCAACUCUCCCUUUCUUUACAUCCUCCACCGUGCCAAGAGGACACACAGGGGCUGUGCCAGCUAGGAAACGGCUCACGCUGAAGCACAGAAAUUAACAUCAACAGAGAAAAGUAAAAGAAUAAUAUAGUAAUAAUAGGAAUACACCUACUGCAAAUAUAAAAUGAUGUUCAGAUGUAUAAUUUUUAUAUUUAAGGUGCAAGGUAAGUCAGGUAGAUGGAAAUGUAAAUAAUCAACUGUUAUACUUUUAAUAUUGACAAACAGACAACCCUUUAAGUGUCUGACAAUGCAACCAGUCUCUGAUAUAAAAGAAAAAAAGAAAGAAAAGGUGCACAGUAUACUGUGUACCGAUUGGUCAUUACGUCUUGUUUUAAUAAAAAAGAAUAACCAUAAAUUAUUCCAAUGUGGACCUCACUCUUCUUUAGUUUCUAGAGAUGAAAAUCAGCAAAAUGUAUACCCCAGUUAAUACGUUAGUCAAUAAUAACGCAAUGUAAUUGGAAAUAUAGAGGAGCUGUAAUACCUAAGGUGCAUACACACAGACACACAAAAAAGUAUCUGGUAUACACUACAUAGAGUGCUUCUUCCCAUUUUAUUUUGACCUAACCAAUUGAAGUUAAUUCGGUCAGUAGUUAAAAACAAGCAUUAUGCAAUAGGUUAAACUGUUUAAAUCAUCAUAAAAGCACUUCACAAGAUAAACAAGACUUAUCAUUUGUUUUGGGAGGGGGGAGGAAAUAAAUAAUUUAAACUCCAGAUUUGCAGUCAAUGUAUUAUCCCUCUCAGCUAAUUGCAAAGAUGAUCACAUC